CUCAACGAGACGCUGAGACAGAGAGACACGUGCAGACACGCGGAGUUCACGCAGAGACACGGCGGGAGGGACACACAGAGACUGAACGAGACGCUGAGACAGAGAGACACGCGCAGACACGCGGAGUUCACGCAGAGACACGGCGGGAGGGACACACAGAGACUGAACGAGACGCUGAGACAGAGAGACACGCGCAGACACGGGGAGUUCACGCAGAGACACGGCGGGAGGGACACACAGAGACUCAACGAGACGCUGAGACAGAGAGACACGUGCAGACACGCGGAGUUCACGCAGAGACACGGCGGGAGAGACACACAGAGACUCAACGAGACGCUGAGACAGAGAGACACGUGCAAACACGCGGAGACACGCCGAGACACGCGGAGACACGAUGCCGGGUGUCCCAGGAAGAGUCGGAGACCGCCAGCACCCUGCGCUAAAGCUUCCCUCCGUCAGCAGCCCUCCCUCGGUCACCCCCUCGUCCACGCUCGCCUACUCCAUCCUGGACUCGCCUCCAUGGCCUCUCUGCGUGCUCCUUGGCCUACAGCAUUGCGUGACGGCCAUGGGGGGCCUCGUGGCCAUCCCGCUGCUGCUGUCGCGGUUCCUCUGCGUCCCGCCCGGGCAGCCGGGCGACGAGGUGCGCAGCCACCUCGUCAGCCCCAUCCUCUUCGUGUCCGGGAUGUGCACUCUGCGGCAGGCCACCGGCGGGAUCAGGCUGCCCAUCGUGCAGGGUGGCACCUUCACGUUCCUGGUGCCCAGCGUCGCGCUGCUCUCCCUGCCCGAGUGGCGCUGCGAGGAGGCGGGGGCCGAGGGGGGGGCGGCCCCCCCACCGGGUGGAGGGGGGUGGCCCCCCCCGGGACUCAACCACACGGCGGCGUCCGCCACCGCCAUCUCCUGGCAGGCUCGAAUCUGCGAGCUGCAGGGCGCCAUCAUGGUGGCCUCGUGCUUCCAAAUGCUGCUGGGCUGCUCGGGCGCGAUGGGCUGGCUGCUGCGCCUGGUGGGGCCGCUCUCCAUCGCGCCCACCGUGGCGCUCAUCGGCCUCUCGCUCGUGCGCUCGGCCGCUACCAGCGCCGGCCACCACUGGGGCGUGGCCUGCAUGACGAUCGCUCUCAUCGUGCUGUUCUCCCAGUACCUGCGCGACCUCCACGUGCCGCUGCUGCCCGCGUGGCGGGGCGGACCGCGCCUCAAGCCCUUGCCGAUCUUCAAGCUCUUCCCGGUGCUGUUGGGGAUGGGGCUGGCCUGGCUCGUGUGCCACCUGCUCACCGUGUGUGGGGGCCUGCCACACCAACCCGACGCCUACGGCUACCUGGCCCGCACCGACCUCAAGGCCGAGGCGAUGGGCAGCGCUCCCUGGAUUUACCUGCCCUACCCAGGCCAGUGGGGCGUCCCGAGCGUGAGCGCUGCGGGCGCGGUGGGGAUGCUGGCCGGCGUGGUGUCGUCCGUGGUGGAGUCGGUGGGCGACUACCACGCUUGCGCCCGCCUCUCAGGGGCGCCGCCGCCCCCACGCCACGCCGUCAACCGCGGAAUCGCCCUCGAGGGCCUCGGCUGCCUCCUCGCUGGCGCCUGGGGCACCGGCAACGGCACCACCUCCUACAGCGAGAACGUCGCCGCCAUCGGCAUCACCAAGGUGGGAAGCCGCUCGGUGGUGCUCUCUGCGGGGCUCUGGCUGCUGCUGCUCGGCGUGUUUGGCAAGGCCGGCGCGCUGCUCGCCUGCAUCCCCGAGCCCGUCAUCGGCGGCAUGCUCAUCGUCAUGUUCGGCGUCAUCACCGCCGUCGGGAUCUCCAGCCUCCAGUUUGCCGACAUGAACUCCCCCCGCAACAUCUUCAUCGCCGGCUUCUCUCUCUUCGUUGGGCUCGCCGUGCCCGCCUGGCUCGAGCAGAACCCCGAGUCCAUCGCCACCGGUGUGCCAGGGCUGGACCAGGUGAUACAGGUGUUGCUCACCACCAGCACCUUCGUGGGUGGAGCCCUGGGCUUCAUCCUGGACAACACGGUGCCCGGCUCGUCGGAGGAGCGCGGUCUGGAGGCGUGGAGACGAGCACACGGAGAGACCGACGGCUCGGACUCCUCCUCCUACUCCCCCGAACUCCAGAACUGCUACGACCUCCCCCUGGAUCUGUCCAGGCUGCCCCGCCUGGCUGCGCUUUGUCGCGUGCUGCCCUGCUGCCCCAGCCCUGCCCUCCCGCCGCCACUACCCCCGGUGGACAAGGAUAUUCCGUGUGACGUGUGAUUGUGUCACUUAGACACACACCACCCCCCCCAAGUCCUCGAGCCGUCUCUCGAUACCCUGAGAGGGAUUGGGUGAGGGACACAUUUGUUGGGGAGCAAGUGGCAAGCGAAGAAAAAUUAAAGUGCCGCCCGUUUGGUUGUAGCGAGGACCUCUCUCUAAGGGUGUGAGAGAGGGAGGGUCCCGAGUUGGCAGAUGUCUUCCGCUGUUUUUUGUGUUUACCGCUACACUACCACUCCCCCCACUCUCUCGCCUACACAACCACUGACACACACACACACACUCAUUCACUUGUUCAUCCACCAAUUCACUCACCCACUAAUGAAUUUCCUCACCCCCCUGCCAACUCUUCUACCCACUAACUCACACACUAACUCACACAAAUGCACUUGCUCACCCACUGACUCAUUCACCCACCCAUAUACUCAUGCACAUGCUCAGUCACCCACUCACCCACCUGCCUACUCUUACACCCACAAAGACACAAACACCCACUCACUCACUCACUCGUUCUCAUUCACCCAUCCACUCACUUUUUUCGAACGGCUUUUCGUGUUUAGUUUGAUGUCCCUCCCCCGUACCUCCGGUCAGCACGCUUGGCUACGUAUGGUACGAAAGAAGUUCAAAGUACACACACACGUACGUACAUUCCCCAUGAAGUCGCACCCUCUCUGUGGCUCCCGGGAAGAGGCUAUGGCUCCGUGGGCUUUGUGGUUUAGGAUUAUUAUUUUUUUAAACA